AUUAAGCCUAGGGGCAGUCAGUAAAAAGAACAUUUAAAAAUAAAUUAAGUAGACUCAAGUGUAUAAAAUAAGCAACAACAACAAAAAAUGCAGAGCCUCGGAAGAGUAGUGCCCAAUGCGUGUCUUCACGGCCUGUUAUGCCAGGCUAUUUUGGUUUUACUCUGUCUGGUUUGUUAUUUGCAAGCUUUAGGCGGCGCUCAAUUUGUGUUUGAUGACACUGUGGCUAUUGUAAAGAAUAAGGAUGUGAAUACUUUACCAACCAACUGGACAGCAAUUUUCACACACGACUUUUGGGGAGCCCCGCUGAUUAGCGCCGAUUCCCACAAAUCUUUUCGACCGCUAACAAUUUUAAUGUUUCACUGCGAACACGCGCUGUUGGGUCUGGGUGCCGCUCACAUGAAGUUUCUCAACCUGUUACUACACUGUGUGAACACGUUGCUUGUAUGGCGACUCGUCCGUUCCCUCUACGUGGAGGAAAUCAAUACGGAACGCUGGGCUACAAUAUCGGCGGCACUCUUUGCUGUCCAUCCUGUGCACACAGAAGCCGUGUCAGGCAUUGUGGGUAGAGCGGAGCUUAUGUUUGGACUUAUAUAUCUUCUGUGCCUACUAUUGACAGUCGCCAGCAGCGAUGGCACGCAGCGCUGGAGCAGUGUUGGCAUGGUGCUGCUGCUGACAGGCAUUGGUAUGCUGUUCAAGGAGACGGCAGUGACCAUUCCGCUCGCCUGCGUGCUAGUGGACUACUUUCAAAAUGUCUACUACGCACAGCCACUGGUUGCUCAAUGGCCAUUAAUAAAAUCACAACACCGUUAUAAAAUCUAUGUCGCGGGCACAACGUUGCUGCUGGUGCUGCGUCUUUGGUGGCAGAACUUCGAAACACCAGAAUUUAAGCCGGUAGACAAUCCAAUCGCUCAUCAUGAACAUCCACUGAUACGCGUGCUCUCCCAGCAUUAUCUUUAUAUUGUAAACCUCUGGCUCAUGAUAUGUCCGCAGUGGCUUUGCUUCGAUUGGGCUCUCGGUUGCCUAAGUCUCGUGUCCACUAUUUGGGAUUUGCGUCUGCAGGCAGUUAUUGCCUUUUACUCCUUUAUACUUGUCUCCUUUCUAAAUUUUCGUCGACUCGCUGGACUUAUUUUGAGCUUGGCUCUCAUGAUUAUUCCAUUUCUGCCAGCUGCAGGGUUCAUACGCGUCGGAUUUGUAAUUGCAGAGCGCAUACUCUAUGUACCUUCGAUAGGAUUUUGUCUGCUGUCAAUUUAUGGGUUUAUGUAUUGCUAUGAAUUUAACGUUAAUAAGCCUCAACUCCGUGCGCUCCAACAAUUCUUCCUGAUGUUGCUAUUCGCCGUCAUGAUUUUACGCACCAGGGAACGGGCCAGCGAGUGGCUUAGUGAGGAGCGUCUGUUUACUUCCGCUCUACAGGUAUGCCCCAAUAACGCGAAAGUGCACUACAACAUUGCUCGCUUGGCCACCGAUAAUAGCCAGGACUCACGCGCCUUUCAGCAUUACCACAAAGCCAUCGAGCUAUAUCCCAACUAUGAGUCGGCGCUCAUGAACCUGGGGAAUCUCUAUCGUGAGCAUGGGCAGCUGGAUAAAGCAGAGCAAUACAUAAGAUCGUCGUUACGAGUGUUACCCACUUUUGCUGUGGCAUGGAUGAAUUUGGGCAUAGUGCAGUCAGCUCAGGGGAAAUAUUCGGAGGCUUUGACGAGCUAUGAGCUCGCAAUAAAAUAUAGGCCCGACUACGCCGUAUGUUACUACAACUUGGGUAAUUUGUAUCUACAACAAAAACAUUAUGCGGAAGCAAUGCAUCAUUGGCAGCAUGCGGUUUCUUUAAGUCCACGACAACCAAAGGCCUGGGCCAACAUCCUGACCAUGCUGGACAAUCGGGCUCUUCACGACGAUGCACUGCGUCUUUCUGUGCAGGCACUAGAACAUUUGCCUAACGAUCCGAGCAUCAUGUUCAUUCGGGCAAAUGUGCUUGGAAAAUUGAAACAGUAUGUGGAGGCGGAGGCACUCUAUAAGCGCGUCAUUGAAAUGGACCCGAACAAUUUACUCUAUCACACAAAUCUGGGUGUCCUAUAUCAUCGUUGGGAUAAGGUACAGGCGGCCAUCGAAGCGUAUCAAGCAGCUAUUGGAAUAAAUGCGACAAGGGCCACAACGGCAAAAGAUCAUCUGGCCAAACUGGUAAAGCGACUUGAGCGGGAAGCUUUGAAAGUGCAAACAAGGAAGAAGUAAUAGAUUAAAUGUACUUAUCUUUGUAUAUAUAUAUAUAUAUAUGUAUGUAUUUGUCAGUGUAUGCUCUUUGUGCAUGUACUUUGAAAGACUAAUUCGGAUUUCUUAGAGUUAAGAACUUCAUUAUUCCUCUUACUCGGGUUAAAGUCCGAUACUUUUGUACGGCGCUAAACUAAACGUAAAAAAGAAUAUCUAAAAAGAAGCCGCAGGAAUCUGCAUGAGUCUAUAUACUAUGGUUGUGAAUCUGCUCUAAGAUCUAUAACUUGGUCUGUAGAAACUGACGAUAUCUUGACAGGUAGAAACCGGAAGCAAUGCUGAGCUUGUUUAGAUCAUAAGGAUAUGUUGUAAGUUAUUCAUUCAAUUAGGGUUUCUUAUAAUCGCUUUUAGAGCCCCCAACUGAUCUUUAACGGAACAGCAAUUCCUCAUUUUUAUUGUCCAACUUAUUUCUUCAUACCCCCAACUGAAUCCAAGACCGAAGACUGAUCCAAAUUUAAGGCCGUGUAAAGGCAUUCUAUGUUCUUAAACAGAUUCAUAAAACCUUUCGAAUGAUGAAUUAAGAAAUAAUUGUACUUAACGCUCCACAUUCUCGAA